GGGGCGUCCGAGAGGCCGGCGGGGAGCGCGCCAUGAAGUCCGUGCUGUUCAGCCGCUUCUUCACUCUCCUGCCCUGGGUCCUGAUCGUCAUCAUCAUGCUCGACGUGGACACGCGCAGGCCCGCGCCCCCGCUCACCCCGCGCCCCUACUUCUCCCCCUACGCGCGCGGCCGCGGGGGCGCCCGACCCCCGCUCCGCAGGUCGGAGAGGCGCAACCAGGCCGGGCCGCCGCGCGCGCCGCCCCUGCCCACCAUCUAUGCCAUCACGCCCACCUACAGCCGCCCGGUGCAGAAGGCCGAGCUGACGCGCCUGGCCAACACCUUCCGCCAGGUGGCGCAGCUGCACUGGAUCCUGGUGGAGGACGCGGCGGCGCGCAGCGAGCUGGUGAGCCGCUUCCUGGCGCGCGCCGGGCUGCCCUGCACGCACCUGCACGUGCCCACGCCGCGGCGCUACAAGCGGCCCGGGCUGCCGCGCGCCACCGAGCAGCGCAACGCCGGCCUGGCCUGGCUGCGCCAGCGGCACCGGCACCAGCGCGCGCAGCCCGGCGUGCUCUUCUUCGCCGACGACGACAACACCUACAGUCUGGAGCUCUUCCAGGAGAUGCGAACGACGCGCAAGGUCUCUGUGUGGCCAGUGGGCCUGGUUGGCGGGCGACGCUACGAACGUCCCUUGGUGGAAAACGGCAAAGUGGUUGGUUGGUACACCGGCUGGAGAGCAGACCGGCCCUUUGCCAUCGACAUGGCAGGAUUUGCUGUAAGCCUUCAAGUCAUCUUGUCUAAUCCAAAAGCUGUGUUUAAGCGUCGUGGAUCCCAGCCAGGGAUGCAAGAGUCUGACUUUCUAAAACAGAUAACAACAGUCGAAGAACUGGAACCGAAAGCAAGUAACUGCACCAAGGUCCUCGUGUGGCACACUCGGACAGAGAAGGUUAAUCUAGCCAACGAGCCAAAGUACCACCUGGACACAGUGAAAAUUGAGGUGUAAACGCAGUAGCACCUGGUGCCGCCCGCCUGGCCAGUGAACGUGGAAGAGGACACGGGGAGGCCAGGCUGCAGAGCGUUCAGGUACUGUCCUUCACUUCAGUACAACAGCCUGUCGUCACCUGAUGGCCAUCUGUUUACACAGAGCUCGUCAGUUGACAUCAGCUAACUGGAUGGUGUAAGAUGUAUGUUUUUGUCUUUGUUUGUUCUGCAUGUUCUCCCUACAACUAAACUGGAAGACCUCUGUACAGCACAGCUCAGUGACACUGCAGGGACCACUCCGAGUAUCUCGUAUACUUUUCCUUCCCCAAUUUGGCCUUAUAAUUGGUAGAACUGAACAGGUUUUAGAAACAGCUUACAGGUAUUUCAUCAACUAAAUGUUCCCAUCCCUGACUUUGCAAUGUUACCUAAUUUUUGUAAGGUUGGUAGCAGUAUACAUCAUAGGAAAUAAAACCCACAAAAAAAAGGUCUAUGGAUUCAUCUGUUUAAUAUAGGGCUAUAACAUUUUAUCAGUACUAGGCACCAUAAAAUGUAAACACAAUUACUGUCAUAAACCUGGAUAUACCUUCAAGGAUUGAAAGUGGCUUUGUUUAGUUACCCUGUUUGCAUAUAGUGCAGAGAAAGGUCUUCAUGUUAGCACUGUGUAUAUAAGAGAUCCAAAUUACAAGAGAGGCAGAUAAAAUUUGAAUUCUUUCAACAUUCAUUAAAGUAAGUUUUGUAGUGACAUCCAGGUUUAUCUUCCUUUCACUAACCACGUUCCCUGUAAGCACAUCGUAACCACAGCACAGUGAGCGAAUGAUGAAAUCAAGGAAUCUGGAACACCAGGAAACCGUGCUCAGUGACACGCUUACAGUCUAUUUAUAGGAUUACACAUUUGCUCGUACAGUACCUUCCUACGGGAUUACGGGCUACUUUGGGGGCAGGGUUUAUACUGUUGGAGGUAUUACUAACAUGAGGACUGCUUCCCUCGUAUGCACACAGUAGAGCUAGGAUUCUAUCGAG